GUUCAGUUGAUCUAUUGUGAUAAAAUUUGUUCUAAAUGCAUUUUUAUUUAACAAACGUAUUUAAUGUGUUAAAACGCGUUUAUUAAAACGCUCAAGAGAGGUCGUUCAUUUUUGUUUUUUUUUUUUAACGCCCGCGCGCUGUUUUUAAACUUUAUUUAACCCGCUUUAACGUCCGCAUGUUACAACUUCAUUUCUAUUCUAAUCAUGCCGGUCGUUUGGUUCUUCGUCCUGGUCAAAAAUCGAAUCCAGAUAUUGAAAUAUAUCCGUUAGAGAGUAUUAAAGAAUUCGAACAUGUUUCCCAGGCCUGGAAACGUUGUUUGGCGGAAAUUUUAAAGAAAAGUGUACAAAAUAAAGAAGAUGAUUCUCAGAUAUUUGUAAAAUUUUUCCGUUUCCACAAAUGUUACGAUCUAAUACCAACCUCAGCCAAAUUGGUUGUCUUCGAUACACAAUUAUUGGUUAAGAAAGCAUUCUAUGCUUUAGUAUAUAAUGGUGUACGUGCCGCCCCCCUAUGGGAUUCACAGAAACAACAAUUUGUUGGAAUGUUAACCAUAACAGAUUUUAUAAAAAUUUUAAGAAUGUAUUAUAAAUCACCGAAUGCCUCAAUAGAACAAUUGGAAGAGCACAAAUUAGAUACAUGGAGAAGUGUUUUACAUAAUGAAGUUAUGCCAUUAGUUAGUAUCGGUCCCGAUGCUUCGCUAUAUGAUGCCAUUAAGAUACUCGUACACAAUCGUAUACAUCGAUUACCUGUUAUAGAUCCCGCUACGGGCAAUGUAUUAUAUAUAUUAACCCAUAAACGUAUAUUAAGGUUCCUGUUUUUAUAUAUUAAUGAAUUGCCUAAACCUUCUUAUAUGCAAAAGUCAUUGCGUGCUUUAAAAAUUGGCACCUAUGAUAAUAUCGAAGUGGCCGAUGAACAUACAAGCAUUAUAACAGCUUUAAAGAAAUUCGUUGAGCGAAGAGUAUCCGCCUUACCGUUAGUUGAUUCCGAAGGACGUUUAGUUGAUAUCUAUGCUAAAUUUGAUGUUAUUAACCUGGCAGCCGAAAAAACCUACAACGAUCUCGAUGUUUCAUUGCGCAAAGCCAACGAACAUCGCAAUGAAUGGUUUGAGGGUGUGCAAUGUUGUAAUCUAGAUGAGACCCUCUACACCAUACUCGAACGUAUUGUACGAGCAGAAGUCCAUCGUCUAGUGGUGGUCGAUGAGAAUCGCAAAGUUAUUGGUAUUAUAUCUUUAUCCGAUAUUUUACUAUAUCUAGUACUAAGGCCUAGUGGUGAAGGUGUUGGUGUUUCUGAUAUCUCGCUACGUGCAUCAGAUCCCAUAUUACAAAGGAAAUUGUCAGAUGAUGAAGAUGCCACUUCACUGGAUAAUAAAUCACCUUCAGUGGGUUCGGGUAGUCGUAGUCUUAUUGAAGAUAUACCCGAAGAAGAAGUGUAUGGAGGUGGAGAUAAAGUUUCAAAAGAGGAAGAAACUGAUAAGGUAGAUAUGGCAAAUACGGAUAAAGUUAAUAAUAAUCAGGAGCAGGAACAAGGCUCGGAAAUAGUUGUAGAACAAGGUGUUAAAGUGACAAAUGAUAGCAGUGGCCUACAGGCAGAAAUAUCAUUUGCCGAUGAAGCCGAAGAGGAUGCUAAUAGUAAUGAAGGGGCCGACAAUGAACAGGAGAGUAGGCAGACUGCCGAAGAAGAAGAGGAUGAGGAUGCUAAGGAUGUGAUAAGCGGUAAUUGUGAUAAUUUAAAAAAAUCAAACUCAGAUGAUGCAACGGCGGAAUUAACAACAACAUCAUCUGUUACCAGCGCUCUUAAGCAAACAACAGCUCGUGAAAUGGCUCUUGUUAGUGAAUAAACAUUUUACUUUUGAAACAACAAACAAAUAAAACAUAAUUAUUUAAUUAUAUAAUAAUUAAUAUUUAAUAUUUAAACUACACAAGUGUGAAUAUAUGAAAGGAUUGAUGAUAAAUAUUAUUGUAAACUUAACUAAAAUUAUACAGUUAUUUUCUUUAACUUUUUAUUUAGUUUAAAAUUUGAAUUUCUGUUUUCUUAAAAGCAAAGAAUUUAUCAUUGAAGGAAAUUUAAAAGAAAAUUCAUUAUUAUAAUUCAUUUCAAAGCAGUAGGCAAAAAGAUAAUUAAAAAAGUUGUUUAAGAAAAAUUAAUUCAUUUUUACAACAAAUUUAUUUAAUUUUUAUGCUUAAAUAGCUACUAAAAUAGUUUUUAUAUAAAGUAA